AGCGCAUGCGCAAUGCGCAUUUGAAUGACGCGCAUUGUGUGCGCCUGACCGACUGUAGCGAGCGCGCGGUAAAAGCUUUCCAACGUUUAUCGCGAAUAAGUUUCCGUCCGUUGUAAACAGGCUGCCGGCCCAGUAUGUUCACUCCCCGCGGCACACCGAGCUCAGGCCGCAGACAGGCGCCCCGGACCGGCGGUCGGAGGAGCGUGAGUGCCGUUCAGCCCGGGCUGCUGUUCUCUCCACGCCGCUCCGCUGUCACAGCCAGAUCCACUCCCACCCGAGUUCAGAGUCAUGCAGUCCUCGAUUCACAUAAUUUUGACAUUCAGACUUUCGGAUCAUCUCUGCCUGUCAAAGUCAUGGAGGCGCUGACCAUGGCCGAUGUGGAUGAUCAGAUCUCUGUGAAGGUGGAGGCGUCCGGUUGGGCGUGGAUGGUUUGUGGAGAACGGCUGAUCAUCUGGAAAGUGUCUCAGACGUCUGUGGCAAAGCUGUCGGUGUGUAAAGACCUCCAGCUGCCCUCCAGUGAGUUUGCAUACAGCGCUGAUCUCAUCUCCAUCACUUCCUCCAGGCCACUCGAUUCUGCACCCAUACCGUCUGUCAGUGCAUUGGCCGUGUCUCCAGACGGUUCGGCCCGGUUUUGGCCCAGUCUGGCUCAUGACGGGACUUACACUGAGACAUCUCUGGAUCUUGCCGGACACGUGUGCAACUACAUCGCAGCUGUUACGGGUGGGAGUUUCAUCGUGUCAUCGUACCGUGGGCACCUGCUCCGGCUCACUCCGGAUUCCUCCGGUAAACUGCACCAGCGGCCCGUGCAGCAGGGUCAAGGGAUGCUGUCUGGCAUCGGACGCAGGGUUUCCAGUCUGUUCGGCAUUCGCGGCCAACCGGCCGACCUCACGGUGUUCAGUGUGUUGUGGGUGAAGGAGACCGGCUGUCUGUACUCUCUCAGCUCGUGUGGCCUCAGUAAAUGGGAGGUGGAUGAGAACAGUGAGACGCAGGUGUUGAGCUGGAGCACCAAUCAGAUCAUCACAGACAGCAUCACUGACGCCAUCUGGGACUCAGAAAGUAACUACUCGGAGAUCAAGAAAGGAGUGAAUGUCUCUUAUCUGGACAUGCAGUACAGCAAAGCGGGGCUGGUGGUGUUGGCAGCAGCGUGGCAUCCGGGCGACACGCCAUGUGUGGCGUAUUUCUGCCUGGUCACUCUUGCAGAAAGCAUAGCGCCUUCACCAGACCUGCUCACUGUGGAGGUCACCAAAUACAACCCGCCCUUCGAGAGUGAGGAGGAGCUGCAGAAGACGCGUGUGGUGUUGCCCGAGCCGUCGAGUCCUGCUGCGUACCUCUAUAAUGAGGAGCUGGUGUUCACCUGCAGCACUGGAGCUGGACGCGGAGGACUCGCAGAGGAGAAGAUCUCCUUCAGCUCUCCAGGUGACCGUAUCCGAGGCGGUGGGGUGUGUGCCGGUCUGCCGGUGUUUUUCUCUCAGAACAGCGGGCUGGUUGCCGUUUUAGCGAGAGAAAGUGCUUCCCUCCUACCCGAGACCAUGGAGGACUCGCUCUGCACCUCAGUAGCUGGACCUGAGGGCACUCCAUUAGAGACACCACCUAAAAUAGACAUGGUGGCACAGGAGGACAAAACUAAACUGCUGAAGCAAGCGUUCCUACAGUUCUGCCGUCACGAUCUGGUUGGAGCUCAGAGCAUGGUGUACGAGCUCUUUCCCAGCGAUGGAGAGGGAAGUGCGGAGCUGGAUGCCGUCGUGACCCAGAUUGACCUGGACCUGGUGGACGACUACCCUGCAUGUGACCCACGCUGGGCCGAGUCUGUUCCUGAUGAGGGCGCUGGAUUUACACUGACGUCUCUGAUCCUGCUUCAUCAGUUGGAGGAUAAGAUGAUAGCUCACCGCUGCCUCAUGGACUUCCUGCUUCAGACAGGACUUCUAGAUCGUCUCACUUCCACAACGGUGCGCAUGUCCCCCAUGGCCACGCGACUCUUGCUAUGUGAACAUGCGGAGAAGCUCUCGGCCGCCAUCGUGCUGAAGAACCAUCAUGCCAAGCAUCCAGAGCUGGUGAACACGGCCAUCCUGUCAGCACUGAAGAAGAGCAACACUGACAUACUGGCCAACCUCACGCCCGCGGACGUGUUCUUCAGAGAGGUGUCUCAGAUCUCCUCCAUCUUUGAGUGUCUGUUGGAUGAGGAGGAAAAAGCUUUAAAAGAGCAUUCGGAUGCCACCAGGUGGGCCGAGGUGGUGCUCAACGUCAAUGACAUUGUCAAGGAUAUGCUUCAAGCAGCAGCGCAGUACCGUGAGACCAAAGCAUCUCUGUACAGAGCGCCAGAGAACUGCGGCCCUGAGCCCGAGUACAUCCCAUGGACAGCCUCAGGAGGAGCGGGUGGAGUUCGGACCGUCAUCACACGGCAGCACGAGCUGAUCCUGCGCGUGGCGUAUCCUCACGCAGAUGCGGAGCUGCGUGGCGUGCUGAGCGAGCAGCUGGUGGCGCUGUUGGACUCUCUGUUGAGCGGUUACGUGUCUCAGCUGACGUCUCUCCGCCGCACCGGACAACAGGAGCGCUACGUCAUGCUGGAGAACGAGUACACGCAGAAACGCUCGGAGCUGCUUGCACCUCUCCUGGAGUUGGGUCAGCAUCAGUGGGUUGCGGCACUGGCGGAGAAAUACUGUGACUUUGACAUAUUGGUGCAGUUGUGCGAGCGAACGGAUAACCAGAGUCGACUACAGCAGUACAUGGUCAAAUUCGCUGAUCAGAACUUCGCUGACUUCCUGUUCCGCUGGUACAUGGAGAAAGGCAAGAGAGGGAAGCUGCUGUCUCAGCCAAUAGCAACGCACCAGCAGCUGGCCAGUUUCCUGCAGGCUCACGAUCACCUCAGCUGGCUACAUGACAUACAUGUGCAAGACUAUCAGAGAGCCCAUCGUACCCUGUACAGUCAGGCCAACAUGGAGACACGAUACUUCAGCAAGAAGAAGACCCUGCUGGCCCUCAGCAAACUCACGGCUCUGGCAUCAGACAUGCCUGAAGCCGUGCACCGCAGACAGCUCAACGAUAUAGUGGAGCAGGAGAGGUUUCUGCUUCAUCAGGAGACUCUUCCUAAACAGCUGCUGGACGAGAAGCAGCUGAACCCAGACAGCAUGCCUCUACUGAGCCCUCGUAACCUCAUUAAUCUGUACAUCUGCGAUGAGAACCGUGGAGCCAACGAGUACGACUUCAAGAAAGCUCUCGAUCUGCUGGAGUACUUGGAGGAGGAGGAUAGAGUUGAUCUCGAUGCCCUAAAACGUGAGAUCUUCAGUAAAGCCUUAAAGAAAGACUGGAAGGAGAGUUGGUCAUCGUCUGAUGAUAAUGACGAUCCUCUAGAAGCAGCCAGAGACAGCACUUUCGUCAAGAUCCUACAGAAACUCAUCCAGGAAGGUGUUUCUCUGCAGUCGUACCUGCCUGACGUGAAGGAUCUUCUGCAGGAAGAUGAGCUGGAGAGUCUCAAAUCAAAACCGUACUUUGAGUUCCUCCUGCGAGCCAAUUAUGAGCACUACCAGAAAGCUCAGAUUUGACAUUACUUACUGUUUCUGCUUACUGUUUCCUUGUUAAUAUUCCAACUUUUUUUUGUACUGUUUCAAAAAAUAUAUAUAAUAAUAAUUACAUGAACCAACGCUUGAAUUUUCUGAAUAAACUGUAUUUCUGUAAUUGAUGACAGACAGUUCAGUGAUGGUAAUCUUCUGCUGCAAGACAAAUAGUGUUAACCAAAUGGUGACGUUAGCUUGGGUUUUAUGGUGUUUUCUUAAAGAUAAUGAACCUAAAUGUAUUUGGAUUC